AAAAUCCCAUGUCCCACUGAGACUCCUUCAGUUACAUUGAGAAGGAUUAGGAUAUUUAACAAUAAAGGACAGACCUAAAACAGCAAAAGCAAAAAAAGAAAGCAAACUUGGGUUUAAUAUGAGUUGUCUAUAACGGUGACCUGUAGUUAAAUGAAGAAGCAGGUCUACAUGUCGGGAACAGAGGACCGAGCAGAGAAGCCAGGGGGCAAUCUCCAAUCAAAAUUAUGAUUGCGCUCUUCGUUCCUCCCAAGGGUGGAUGUGCAACUGCUGUCGUGGAGUAGUGACAUUAACUAACUUGGAAUGCAAUUUAUCUGAGAAAAUGGCGGACUGAGCAAUGAAGGCUGAAGUUGUGCAUCUCAGUGAGUUAUUAUGGGACAGUGUACAUGAGACCAGUCAUAUAUGGGGUUCUUGGGAUUUGGCUUCCCUUGUCCUUUAAUAGAAAUAGUUAAAAACCAGUUUUUCAUUUGGAGUACUACAAUGCGUACAGUUAAAAAUAGAUCAUAAUUAUAAGUUCUUGUACAUGAUCUUGUGAUAACAAAGUGAUCAGUAGGUAUCACAUGGAAGCACUUGAUUGUCAUCAAUUACAUCUGAUGCUUUUUAAAGAAAUAAAGUAAACACUGGUAUCAAGCUAUAAAAACACAAUGCCGUGUUAGACAUCUAAGAAGAGAGAGAGAAAGCACCAUCAGGUAACUGGCCACUGUGCUGUGAGCUUGGAUAACACAUUUUACAGAACAGGGGAAGUGAUUUUACUUUGACAGUUUCUACUUGUUGGCAUUCAUAAUGUCAAGAAAUCUUCAACAAGGCUUCUUGGAUCAUACCAUGCACAACAAGUUGGAGAUGGGGCCUCAGCGUAAUCCAUCAUCUUGUCCACAGAAAGCAUCUGCUGAAGAAUUUUUUACGUACAAAUCUUACACGAAUUACUCUCUGCCUACUCCCAGUGCUCAUAAUUCAGCAAGUCCAUGGGGAUCUGCGACAGCUUACUUGCAAUAUGCAGGCAGUGCACUAAACCAGCACUUAAGGACUGAUAGAGGGAUAUGUUAUAGAAAUGAAGUUGAAGGGACUGAUAACAUUUUGAGGCCUGGCUCACAGUUGCUUGAAACUACAGAAAAUAAUUUCCAGGUCCAACAGCAUAAUCCUGGUUUGAGCUAUCCAUUAUCUCCCCAAGGUUGCCCUACCUUUGCAAUGCCAAGACCUAUGUAUAGGAGUCCUACUAGUUACAUGGAAUAUGAUACACUAGCUCUCCCUUUUGGCAUCCAGCCUGGCUUUCAACAAAUUCCUUCACUAGCUGCAGAACAGAACCCUUGUUUUGCAUACCCAUCCUCUCACCUAUCUAGUACAAAGAAUAAACCACAUUAUUCUGGUCCCUUAGAAGUGGGGAGUACCUCCCAUUGUUUUUCCCAAGGAUUGCAAGACCAGAGCCAACAAUAUAAACAAAGGGAUUAUGCAAAUUCAUCUUUACAGAUACCACGUUCUCAGGGAGAGAUUCUUAAAGACUGCUAUCCCUCCUUGAAUCAUAACGUCCAGAUGACCUAUAAUCAAGCAUAUAACCCUGGAGAAUUGCAGAGGAACCCCAAGUUCAUACCUUCACACCAGCAUCAAACUUACAAAUCCAGUGCCUUUUAUUCUAAUAUGGGGGAUGUUUACUCAAUGAGUCAUCAUCUUAUAAGAGACGUUUAUGCUGACAGACCCUCUCCAUUUGGCUGCAGUAUUGACAAGGCUAGACUGCCUAACAGUGUUAAAGAAAUGACUAUGUUCACUGAUAGGGGUGUAAGAGUGAGUACAGAACAUAGAAAAAUGGAGCAGGGUGUAAAUGAGAGUGUCAAAGAAGAAUCAAGUCAGAUCCAAGUAGAGAAUGAGCUCUGCAAGGAUUUGAAGAAUGUAGCCAAGGAUCUUCAACUUGGUAUGGGCAAAGGGGAUAAAGAGCAUAUGUAUGACACAUCUCAAGAGGACAAAGUACAGAUUCUAAGCUCCAGAAAUUCUGAAAAAGGGAUAGAAUGGGUUGGAUCCUUAAAAGAUUCUUUUGUACAGAAGGCAAUCCAAAGUCCACACCGUUCUGUUUACCCUCAUAUCAAAAAUUUGCAUCCAGCAUCUGCACAUUCCACUGAUGUUCAAGAGUCUGGCCAAGAGAACUCUGUCUCCCAGGUACUUGGAUCCGAGAUCAGAUUUAAAACUCCUGCUCCUUGUGGACCGUCUGAUAAAAAAUUGGAUCUGAGUCCAGCAAAAGAAUGUCUACAAAAAUCUAACAUUAUAGAAGGAACACAAAGGCAAGUAUUGCAGGCCAGCUCUCUUCAGGUCACAAGCGAAAAUCAGACAUCCGAAGAUAACAAUUCUCAUCAUCCAGAGGCUGCUUCAAGUAGUGCCAAUCUUAUAAAUUCUGAAGUUGAUGAGAAUGACGGACGCAGUUCUCCUCCAAUGCCAGUGAUUAAUGAUGUAUUCAGUUUAGCACCAUAUCGGGAAUAUCUUGAGGGUACUGCUCCUCACCCUUUCCCUACACAAAGAGAGAGUACUAGAGACAGUCAGCUACCUUCACCCCACACCUCCCCUCAGAUGAACAGACCUCAUGACUUUGAGAAAAGAACUCCAUCUACACCCACAUUAGAUAGUAAUUACAAACCUCCAAUUUCAGAUUUUUGCUUACGUGAAAACAAAUGUGACAUUACAGUUCAAGCCACAGAUUGUAAAAAGGCCUCUGUUAUACAUGCAGAAGAGAGAGUACUAGAUUUAAGUUUAAAAAAAUCCCUUGACUCCGUGAACCCAUCUCAGGGCUCAAAUACAGCAUACACUCCUGUAGUUGGCAGCCCACAGAAGAGUGCAGAUAGCAUUGUUUCAAAGAUGGAAGCAGGGAGCACAAUGGCUAGCAUGAACUGCUCCAUGCAAGCGACCUCAAGCAGCACCUCCCCUAAGACCAGUGAGAGUUCUUUCUUGCAGGAAAUAGGAGGGACCAACUCCUCACAGGUUACAGCAAAGAACACUGCUCUGAUGCCCAACAUAAGCUGCUCCUCACAGACUUCAGCUGGAAAUAAUCCUUUGUUUUACAGCACGAGUGGUUCCUCACAGAGUCCACAUCACAUGUUCAGCAUAAAUUGCUCCUCACCAGUUGCCGCAGGGAGCACAAGAUUUAUGAACCACUCAUCACAGGACUCAUUGGGGUCUAAUUCCAUCAUGUCCAGCAUGGUCUGCAGCUCACAGGUAACAGGAAGCAACCCCCUCAUUACCAGCAUGACCAGCUCCUCAACGGCUGCAAGUGAUAACAUUGCUCAGCUGACUACCACGAGUUGCUUCUCACAGACUUCAGCUGGAAACACUAAUUCGUUGUCCAGCAUGAGCAGUUUCUUACCAGCAAUGGAAACUAGUCCACGGCUGAUGUCCAGUAUGAGUAGGUCCUCACAGGUUGCUGCAGGAAGCACCCCAUUUGUAAGUAGCACCUCACAGGCAUCUGUGGAGUCUAACCCCCUCAUGGCAAGUAUGAUUUACAGCCCAGAGGUAACAGGAAGUACCUCCCUGAUAACAAGUAUGAACAGUUCCUCGCAGGCAACAGCUGGAUGCGCUACUACCAUUACCAGCCUAAGCUCUUCCUCACAUGGGACAGUGCAGUGUACCCCGUUAAUAACCAGCCAAUGCUUCUCUUCGAAAGCCACAUCCACAAGUUCCCCAAAGUCAGAUAGUCCCUGCUUCCCAAACACCAAUCAAGCCCUAAACAUUUGUCCAACCCUUAACAUUGUCUUGCCUAUUUCCAAGUGUUAUGACUUCUCAAAAACCCAGGUCCCCAAAUUCAUAUUGCCCAAUAACAAUUCUCUCUGCUCUUCUUCGGCUUCUGUAGAGCCCUCAGAAAAUACAGAAUGGAGGAAAAGACCGCACACUGAUAUUUCACAGGUUUCACCUAAUGUGUUGGAGAAUGAAAACAGCUUUCACAGUUCUAAAACAUUUAUGUUUAAGAAAUACAAAAUGAUGAAACUCCCAUCCACUGGAGGAGAGACACAAGGAGAAGCAUCUAAGCCAUCUUCACAUACUUUGCCUGUCCCAGUUCAUUCACCACCUGAAGGUGCACAUUCUCUGCCACCCAGUGCUCCUGAGUCAUCUCCCACUCUUGGAGAAGCAAAUGUGUCAUUGGCUACUGAUGGUGCACCCCUUUUCAAAGGUUCUAGGAAACACUUUACUGAAUUGCACAAGAGACUGUGUACAACUAUUUUGAAUUCAGUUGCAAUAUCUCCCUUGGGUGUUCUUCAGGACUUGCUGACCAAAAACAUGGAAAAAGAAAGACCAAAGUCUCCAGUAAAGGUCAAAUCUAGUUCGAGAUCCAUUGACCCACUAAAAAACUCCCAGCAUCAUAAUUUAUGGUUGGACAUUGACGGUGUCCGCUUGGCACUGCACAAAUUGCUGUCUCUAUUGGAGACAUUUAUGUUUACACGUAUAUGCCCCUUUCCCCAUGUUAUCAGGGCAGGUGCUAUCUUUAUUCCUAUAUAUCUAGUGAAAGAGAUUCUUUACCCAGAGUUACUGGGGACAUCAAUAGAUCGUGUCUUGCAAAGUCACAAAGUAGAACUGCGGCCCACUACUCUCUCUGAAGUAAAGGCCCUUAGGGAAACUGAACUCAAAGACUGCCCUUCUCGCAUGUUAAAAUUACUUGCUCUAAAACAAUUGCCUGAUGUUUACCCUGAUUUGGUACACCUUUACUGGGAGGACUGCAUACAGAAGCAAAUUGAUAAGAAAUUGCCGCUCAGUCUCAGUCAAGAGGAAGUUGCCCACACUGAGAACACCCCAGAAGCUAGUUUAUUAGAUAAAGGACACCUAGAAGUGGCUCCAGAACUGAACAAAUCCUCUUCCUUGGUCUUGAAGUUACAGAGGGUUUGGAAACAAUCAGGUACCCAUCUAUAUAAAACCCAGAGGAAGCUCUCGUCCCAGGAAAGCAAGACAGACUCCCUGAGGAAGAAACAGCAAGUCAGUGGUAAAAAACGUGGAAGGAAGCCAAGAAAGGUUUCUCCGAGAAAGAAUAGGAGUCGGUGUGGUGGUGGCAGUAAAGUAUUUCCAGAUCUAGUUGGAAGACGUAUUCUCCAUCUGUUUGAUGAUGGAGAUCAAGAAGCCUGGUUUCCAGGUAGGGUCCUGAGAGUGCACCGCCAAACACGAAGACUUCUUGAUACGCAGUUUGAGGUUCUGUAUGAUGAGGAACCUGGCACCCGCUACUACUUAGAACUCCUUCAGGACUAUGAAAAAGGAUGGCUCCGGUUAGACAAUUAAACUGCUUUAUCUUGGACACUCUUCAUGGUACAUUAAAGUGGACAAGUAGAUGUUUAGAAAUUGUAGUAUUACAUCUAUAUAUGCCUGACUUUUAAAACGUAUCAUGCUGCACUUUCAGUAUACAUCUUAAGUUUUUUCCUUGUUUGUGUUGUACCUGUGAUUUUCUUUAUAGAAGUAUAUUAUCCCAAUGUACUUUGCAGGCAGAUGAUCCAAAUCAAAAACAAAGUGCCUUAGGGUAGUGGCACAUUUCUCUGCCAGGGUGUUUUUUUAACUGGUAGAAAAUUCUAGUUCUCAGUGUUUCAAUACUUCUCGUGAUGCAUAUACUGGGCCUUAGUCAAAAGCACAUUUUCAGGCUGAAAAACCGCCUGUUACAAGGAGAAUAUCAGAGAAUCAUUGUGUGUGCCAUAGGCCGUACUCUGCUGUGUUGAUAUUAUUAUUACCCAGGUGUGUGCUUGUGUGUAAUGCGCACACACACUGAGCUCUACUGCAUUAAACAAGAGUAAAGGUGG